GGUCAAUACUGUAUUUAUAAAAAAGGGGCGUGCCCUCACUUUAUGCACGGUGGUUUCGUCAAGUGGGACGAUGAAAAUUCUUUGAACGCGAACUCUAAAGGUGGAACGCGUCCUGGUGGCAAAUAUGUCGGCGAUAACACAGAGAUAAGGUUUUGCUGCAGAACAGACGGUAACAAGAGAGAACCCAUCAUCCUCCCAACUAAACUCCCAUUUUUUCUGUUGGCUUAUGGAUCAGGUGAAUGCCAAAUGGUCAAAUGGGCGAUAGCGACCUCAGAAUGGAUAUAUUACGACACAGAAAAGGUUAACAAUACGGACGGCAGAAAUUGGUCCUAUCCUUAUAAUGCUGGGACACAACAUCCUACAAUUCAUUACUGCUACUAUCGUGGUGAGUAUUAUAGGCGAAUUUAGCAAAGUCACGCGACAUAAAUGAAAACGCGAAAACGGGCGGAAGGGAUUGAACUCGACUUCCGGUACUCAAUUUGUCGGUGUGCCUUUGGUUAAUUUGGUUAAUUUCAUACAUGGGAAAUUUUGGCUUCUGGAAUCCGUAAUCCUCGGUUUUAGAAUCUGGAAUACAGCUCAAGGAAUCCGGAAUCCAAAGAUUUAAUAUCUAAAGAUUUGAGUCCGAAAUACAAAUCCCACUGACAAAGAAUCCGAAAUCCACUACCUAGGAGACAGGGAUUGGCUUUAAAAUGGCUUCCCCCACUAUUUGGAACAUUUGACAGGUAGUAUUUAGGAAGCAAGGAAAUUAAAGUAUUUUGAGAAACAGCUAAAGACCUACUAUUUUAGACUUGCACAUAAUUUCUAACCUAAUUUACAUACACAUAAAUUUUUACUCUCUAUUUGAUUAAUUCUUUGAAACAUAUUCAAUUUCUAGAGAAAACGAACUUUCAAAUCCCAAGGUGGAAGAACUUAUUAUACACAAGCUUUCAUUUCGUUCCACGGUGGAAUCUUUAUCACGUAAUGAAAAUGGACAUAACUUGAUUUAUACUGCGAAUCACGUGACAAAGCGUCCCUAUUAUUCGCGGGGAGCUCGUAACCAGCGUCUCAGUUCAUUGUUGGAACCCAAUAAAAUAUUUCAGUCGAUGGCCUCCCAGACUCCUCUCUUAAACAUAUCGUCUUCUCUCGCAAGGUUCGAAGAGGAGGUGAUCACGAUUCUAGGGAAUGCAAGAAACGUUUUGCUCACUUUUCGAAUUAUGACCAGUUUUAGCAUUGUUAAUGACAGUUAUUCAAUCAUUGAGCUAUACAGUCAAUUUCCUCUUUUGCGGAUAACCCUGGGAUCGCAAGUUAGAGUCCUCAACAGAGGGUUGGAAUAGCAGAAGUUCAAUUUUUUUUCCAGUCUCCAACUUAAUUUUGUGAAGGGUUUAGCUGCUGUUCGAAGCUGUUCGUAUUAUUGAGUUGUUUAGUUGUUUGCAACGUUCGCAACGUCGACUGUAUAUUCCAACAUAGCUGUCUGAUACUCUCAUUUUUUUUUUUGUAGGAUGCAAUACAUCCAUAAAUGGAACCAGAGGAACUUUUCACUCGCCAAACUAUCCAGAAAAAUACCCGGAUGGACAAUACUGCUCGUGGAGGAUCACGGUCAAUCUAGCCCAGCGAAUUCACUUAGUAUUUACAACGUUCAACUUGCAAAACGAGAACAAUACGGAUGCAUUAUACGUUUACGAUGGCAAGAAUGAAGAGGGGAAGGAACUGGGAGUGUUUUAUGGAAAACAUCCUCCGCCUAUAAGAGGAAUUUACUCUUCGUCAAAUCAAAUAUUUGUUAUGUUUAUUUCGGAUGGUAGUGUGUCUUACACCGGUUUCAACGCGUCGUACUGCGACAAUCAAUGCCCAGGUAAGUGA